UUCGUCAGGCCCCGAAUAAACCACUCCCUGCUUUUUCCACUCUAACUUCGCGGGGAAGUUCUCUGCUUUUCUUCCCUUCUGUGUAUCCCUCGAUCCUUCCUUCUCCCAUAAAGCCCCGGGACUUCCAUCAUCCUAUCGCCUUGCAGUCGAGGAGUCAGCAACGUUUGACGCGAGUGCUGAUGGGGAGUACCUCGUGAGUUUCCCAACUCCUGUAAUGUAAGAAACUCUCCCCCUCCUGCUCCUGCUCCUGCUCCUGCUUCUGCUCCUACUUCUUCGCAACUAGAGUGUCGGUCAAGAAGAGAUCCGGGUCGUUUGCGGAAGUUGAUCUUGCAGAAGCAGUAGCCCAUUAUUUAAAAAAGAAGAAGAAGAAAAGAAUGGAUGCGCAAAGUGAUGUUAAUCGGGGAGAAUUCACGUGGAAGAUCAGCUACUUCAGUGAGCAGGAGGCGACCAGGCUCUACUCUGAAGCGUUCACAGUUUCUGGUUGUAAAUGGAGAAUUCUGGUGUUCCCCAAGGGGAACGACACGGACCAUUUGUCGCUGUACAUCGAUGUCCCCGAUCCUGUGGCGUUGCCGAACGGGUGGACCAGAAAAGCAAAGUUCCACUUGAGUGUGAUCGAUCAAACCAAUAAUGGUCGCUCUGUUAGAAAGGGGACGGAACAUGUUUUCGCUGCAAGACAGAUUGACCGGGGUUACCCGAGUUUCAUUCCAUUGACUGAGCUUCAUAAUUAUGCUGCGGGAUACCUAGCAAACGACACUUUGGUGAUUAAAGUUGAAAUUCGCGUCUUAGCAGUAACUCCUCCGGUGAAUAUUCAGCCAGCUAGACCAACCGAUGACUUUGACUCCCUUCUUACUAGUCUGGAGGAACUCAUCAUUGCUGCUGAGACUAAUGGUGUUAAUGUAGGAUCCAGUUUGGGCCACCGAGAUGGUACUCUGACGGCUAAAAUUCCUAGCUUAGAAGAAGUUGAGAAGGCUAAGCUAUCUUUGAAGGAAUGCCUUUCGGAUCUGUUUAAAUUAAAUAUGAAAGAGAGGCUAUUUAAGGCACUAUCAACUUUAAGCUCAGCCAGAACUAGAUUAUCGCCGAAGCAAAGAAUAGCAAUUGACACAUUUCUGGCAAAUUUCAAUGAUUUCACUUCCGACUUCUUGACAUUUGAACAGGACAAUGCUGAGUUUGAGUUGCAAAAACUGCAAAAGGAUCAAUGGUUAGCUGCUAUGACGAAGUGCCAUGAGGCUCACAUCGUCUGUAAGCAAUUGAUGGGUGAACUUGUCAAGGAAGAGGAAGAGCUGGAGAGAAAGAUGGAGGAAGUGAAGUCUAGGAAGGACAAGCUCUUCUUGGACUGGGACGUUGUGAGGGCCAAGUCCGAAGAGGCGAAGUCAGGCUACAAAGAUAAGCAGAAGAAAGUAGCAGAGGCAGAGGAGAAGAAGAGAAUAGCCGAGGAAAGAAUGUCUAGAUCGACCACUGCUUGGUCAAAUUUGAAGACUCAGUUCUGUUAAAACACUAAGGUUUGAAAUGGGCUAUGAGGCAAAUGUUCACUUAAGUAUGAAAACUGUGUGUUGGCUUGACUACUUUCGGUCAAUUUUCGCAAGAACAAUUGCGAGGGGCUUAUGUGGUAGAUCCUACAUUAUGUUGGUUCAGUCAGCUUGUGGGUCAAAUAUAUACGUACUUAUGUAUGUCUAUAGAAUCAGGUUUUGAUGUCUUCAUACGAGUUGCAUGGUCGUCAUGCUCUUUGCUUUUAAAUCUUCCGAUGCUCUUUCCUGACUCAUGUAUUGUGUGGCUCAGAUAAUACCCUCUUCUUGUAUCCAAUCUUGCGGAUUUGUAUGAGGUGAGUUUGCCCUCUCCUGAGUAAGGAAUUUGUCCCAUUGGAAUUGUUAAAUUAUGUC